CAGGCAGGUCCAGUUUCAGUUCUGUGGCCCUUGGCUGGGCAGAGCUGGCCGGCAGAGCUCUGGGGGGAAGAGUGCACUGCACCCCAUACCUGCCUCCAGCGUUUCGGGUUUUUUUUCUUUUAAAGUAUUUAGUGUUCAUGGAUUGAAGGAACCAAAAUGGCUGAAGAUAAAGAGACAAAGCACGGCGGACACAAGAAUGGGAGGAAAGGAGGGCUCUCGGGCAGCUCCUUCUUCACCUGGUUUAUGGUCGUUGCCCUGCUGGGAGUCUGGACCUCAGUAGCAGUCGUCUGGUUUGAUCUUGUUGAUUAUGAGGAAGUUCUAGCGAAAGCAAAGGACUUCCGUUAUAACUUAUCAGAGGUACUUCAAGGAAAAUUGGGAAUCUAUGAUGCUGAUGGUGAUGGAGAUUUUGAUGUGGAUGAUGCCAAAGUUUUAUUAGGCCUGACCAAAGAUGGCAGUAAUGAAAAUAUUGAUUCUCUUGAGGAAGUCCUUAAUAUUUUAGCAGAGGAAAGUUCAGAUUGGUUUUAUGGUUUCCUCUCAUUUCUCUAUGACAUAAUGACUCCUUUUGAAAUGCUAGAAGAAGAAGAAGAAGAAAGUGAAACCACAGAUGGUGUUGAUGAAGGACCUGGUGGGGUAGCCAAGAGAAAAACUAAGGCUAAAGGCCUUAAAGAAAGAGCUGCUUCCGAGCCGAAGUUCCCAGCGGAGGAGGCUGAGCCACACACUGAGCCGGAGGACCAGGCUCCCCUGGGGACAGAACCCCAGGAUAUUGAAGAUGAAGUAAAGGAGCAGAUUCAGUCCGUUCUUCAUGAAAUGGUACACGCAGAACAUGAAGGAGAAACCUUGCAACAGGAAGAGGAGGGGCCGGUGGGAGAACUACAGCUGGAGGAUGAUGGCUUCCUUCCUACCUCUGAGGCGGAUGAUAGAUUUGAGACCCUGGAACCUGAAACAUUUCAUGAAGACACGGAGGAUAGUUAUCAUAUAGAAGAGACAGUUUUACAAGACCAUCAUCAGGAUAUGGAAGAGAUAAUGUAUGACCAAGAAAACUCAGAUUCCAGUGAACCACUAAUAGAUGAUGAAAGAUUACACCAAGAAGCAGAUGAUGUAGCGUACCAAGACUAUGAUGAGCAAGUAUAUGAACCUUCAGAAAAUAAACCGAUAGAAAUUUCAGAUGAUGCUAUAGAAGAUUCAAACAUAAUUUUAGAAGAAGUAAGUGUUCCCCCUGUGGAAGAACACCAGGAAGUAUCACCAGCUAAGAAAAAGAAGCCUAGACUGUUAAAUAAAUUUGAUAAAACUAUUAAGGCUGAACUUGAUGCUGCAGAAAAGCUUCGUAAAAGAGGGAAAAUAGAGGAAGCAGUGAAUGCGUUUGAAGAACUGGUGCGCAAAUACCCUCAGAGUCCACGAGCAAGAUACGGGAAAGCACAGUGUGAAGAUGAUUUAGCUGAGAAGAGGAGGAGCAAUGAGGUGCUCCGCAAGGCCAUUGAGACCUACCAAGAGGUGGCCAGCCUGCCCGAGGUCCCCAGCGACCUGCUGAAGCUGACUUUGAAACGGCGGUCAGAGCGACAGCAAUUUCUGGGUCAUAUGCGAGGUUCCCUGCUUACCCUACAGAGACUGGUUCAACUGUUUCCUAGUGAUACUUCCUUAAAGAAUGACCUUGGUGUGGGAUAUCUCUUGAUAGGAGACAAUGCCAAUGCCAAGAAGGUGUAUGAAGAGGUUCUGAAUGUGACACCUAAUGAUGGCUUCGCCAAAGUACAUUACGGCUUCAUCCUGAAGGCACAGAACAAGAUUGCUGAGAGCAUCCCCUAUUUAAAGGAAGGAAUAGAAUCUGGGGAUCCGGGCACUGAUGACGGGCGGUUUUAUUUCCACUUGGGGGAUGCCAUGCAGAGGGUUGGAAACAAGGAGGCAUACAAGUGGUAUGAGCUUGGCUACAAGAGAGGACAUUUUGCGUCUGUCUGGCAGCGCUCACUCUACAAUGUGAAUGGACUGAAAGCCCAGCCAUGGUGGACCCCAAGGGAGACAGGCUACACAGAAUUAGUAAAGUCUUUAGAAAGAAACUGGAAGUUAAUCCGUGAUGAAGGCCUUGCGGUGAUGGAUAAAGCCAAAGGUCUUUUCCUGCCCGAAGAUGAAAACCUGCGGGAGAAGGGUGAUUGGAGCCAGUUCACGCUGUGGCAACAAGGAAGGAAAAAUGAAAAUGCCUGUAAAGGAGCUCCUAAAACCUGCACUUUACUAGAAAAAUUCCCCGAGACAACAGGAUGCAGAAGAGGACAGAUCAAGUAUUCCGUCAUGCACCCUGGAACUCAUGUGUGGCCACACACAGGACCCACCAACUGCAGGCUCCGAAUGCACCUGGGCUUGGUGAUACCCCAAGAUGGCUGCAAGAUCCGAUGUGCCAAUGAGACCAAAACGUGGGGAGAAGGCAAGGUGCUCAUCUUUGAUGACUCCUUCGAGCAUGAGGUGUGGCAGGAUGCCUCGUCUUUCCGGCUGAUACUCAUCGUGGAUGUGUGGCACCCAGAGCUGACACCUCAGCAGAGACGCAGCCUUCCCGCAAUUUAACAGGAGCUCAUGCGGCCUUGGGACAUUCUGGAGAGAUGCUGCCUUUCUGGUUCACUUUGGUUGUGGACACAGAAGUUCUAAUUCAGUGACUUGUAGCCCGGAAAACCUGAGCUUCCUCCUAGAGUUAGACUCUAAAUAGAGCAUCUUACCUGCUGCAGUUCAUCUAGAAAACACCUACCAUAGCUCAUCCAUGACCGCACUGACCAUAUGCCCAUGUUUAAGGUGAACACUUGGUAGCUUCUACCUUGCCAGCCAAAGGUAUUUUUACCAUGUAGAGUAGGUCUAAAUCAAUGUACAAUGGGAAUAUAUGUAGAAACUGUGAAUAGAUUGCUUUAGUUUGUAAUUUUUCUAUGCAGUUAUAUUUUUCUAGGGUACUUAAACUAUUUUGGCAUCAUGUACCACUACUUUUUUAUGGACUACAAUGGCAAGCUUUAAUUUUAGCUGUAUAAAUGCUUUGAGCUGUUCAGUGGUAACUCUCCUGGUGAAUUUAGACUUCUUCCUUUUCUUUUUAGUAAAAGACACUCAUGAAAAAGCCAAUUUUAUUUUCCUCAUACAGAAGAGGAAAAUGUAAUUAUGCCAGGGUCUAUUACCUGUACAGAUCCUUACUCUUGAGUCUGCUUUUUUAUCUUCCCUGAGAUGCGGUGUUAGCUUCUCUAACUAUGCAAAUGGUGGAGGUAUUGUCAAAACCUUAUUUCUUUCUGAGAAGGACUUUUUAUAUAGAAAAAAGACAAAGAAUCAUUUUUACUAUGAUGGAAAAAUGCCACAUGUAAAUUUUUUAAUGCCAAAUAUUAGGGCUUGGGGAAAACAAUAUAAAUUUGUGAAAGUAAAUAAUCUGUCAGCAUUAGGUAGCUAGGUAGGUGCAAGGACACCUGGCUCCUGGAAUCUUUGCCAUCCAUAAUACAGGGCCUAGGAAUCCAGGGUGUUUUCCUAAUGUAGAUCCGUUUUCAUGGCAAGAAGUCAGCCCUUUGGUCUUUGAGAGAGUUCUCAUCACAGUUUCAUAAAUAUAAGAACAGCAGAGGCGCUAGUCCAAGGAAUGCGAGGUAUCCUUGUCUCAGGUGUGAGAGGUCAAGAUUGCUUUCCUUUUUGAAAGAGUUUGAAGAUUCUUGGCUGGAGAAACUUCUGCCAGUUAAACAUCAUUUUGAGAUAGUAAUUAAUAUCCAUAUUUAGUUUUAAUAUUACCCACAACAUAAAGUAACAGCUGAAAGUGGUCUUGUCUUCUCAUUCCAAAGAUGAUCAAGUCAGUAAUUUAAGAAAGAAUGCAUUUCAUUUUGUAUUUUUAAAAUUAAAGCUAACUAUAAGUAUUAGCUAUCAGAGGGUAGUGGUAUUUAUGCACUGAAUUCUAAGCCAGCAUGAAUAAAAAUACUGCAGGAAUGGCAUGUAAGUCACCAGAUUUCAUGCACAAGUAGAAAAAUCACUUGUGCUUUCUUUACAGUCUAGUAAAGAGUUUUCAAAAUGUUUGUCAUAUUCUUAAAAUAUAAUUCUGUUCCUUCUAUGUGGCCAAUGUUUGAAAAUUCCACUAAAAAGACAGAGAUUCAUGGGAAGAAAAAUAACAAAGUUAAUACUAAAAUCCAGAAAAGAAAAAAAACAACUCUUGAAAAAUGAAAAGAUGUUUGUGUCCUUCAGUAUUUAUUAAACAGGAAAAGACUGACAAAGGGCAAUACAAUCCAAUGUUCAUGUAGUACCAAUCAUGUUACUUAUUCAAUUUGGUUUUCCUGUGUAAAUUGCAUACAGGUAAACAAAUGCAAACCAUAUGUUGUCACGGUUGAACCAUCCUCUUACAUUCAUUUAAGGAAACUGUGGAAAAGAGUAAAAACUAGCUCUUAACUUAGUAAGUAUAAUGUGGUGUUUAACAAUUGUUCACUACAGUAGGUUCUAAAUAUUGCCAACUGAAAAGCUGGAAGUAUUAUUACUGCUCCAAAGGGCUGGCAAUAGUCAACUCCAAUAGUAUUUUAAAAUACCUGGAUCCCACACUUAUUUAAAAAACCCAAGCAAUAAAAUGAAUUUUCCUAGUUCAUUUUAGAACUUCAUUUCUCUUACCUAUAUUUUGUUACAUAAGUAUUUCAGCCACUGCAUUGGUAAAAUUAUUUCAGUAUUAUUGUUUUAUAAUUUGAAGUGUCUAUGCAAAAUGAAUUGAUUUUAUUUAUACUGUGAUGCAAUUGUGCGAGAAAGAUUUUUAAUUCUAAUUCAAUUCUAUACUUCAAAGGUGGAAUAUAAAAAUGACUUUUAUUAUUCUCUACCUGUAAAAACUAAUUAAAACAUUAGAUCGAUUGAGGAAGAGUAUAAUAAAUUGUUAAGAUUAAUUAUAUCUGUUGAGGGUGAUUAUGGCCAAUUAGAUCAAUCACCUCGUUACUCUGAAUUGUUCAGCUAACAAAUCAACUCUCCCAAAUACCUCAUUGUAAAAUCACUUUUUACUGCCCGUUAUCCACUAAAAUAUUUUCGCUUUGACAUUGAGCACCAAUUGGUCAUACUAAUUAAUACCACGUCAUGUAGAUGGCUGGUCAAGUAAGAUAUACCUAAAAAUAUACAACUGAUCUUGGGAAACAUGACACAAAUAAUUGCCUGUGACAUCUGUGUAUUUUACAUUGAAUUUGCUUUGAAUGGAUAGAUGGGGACUCCAUUGCUAUGAAUAAUAGAUAAAGAAAUAAAGUGAUCUUUGGCAUUUUGUCCUGCA